AUGAUCGGAACUUCACCGCUUGAGUAUGCCUGGGUGGUGACUUGGGUUGUGAUCUUACACUCGAUUGGGCCGCUUUGCGUCGGAUACUCUAUCAUAGCCAGAUUCUUACCAGGCUAUCUACGAGUCUGGAAGUACCUCGAAUACUGGGCCGCCAUAGAGACGGUGUUCUACGUUCUAACGUAUGCCUACCGGAAAUACUACCUCGAAUCUCCAGCGGUACACCCCCCUCCUCUUGUGCAGGAGGAAAGAAGUCAACUGUUUCGCCGUUGUUUUGAAACCGCUCAAGACCUCACUGCGUUCUUCUCGGUAUGGUUCUUAGGGGCGCCCAUCACUGCGAUCAAAAGAGAGAACAUCAAAGAGUGGCUCCGAUGGGCUUUCUUCAACACGGCCACGGCGGACCCAGCCUAUGAUGACGAACUGGAAACAUAUGUAAAGCAGCUCGAAACAAAACUUGGGACGCGCUUCGAACCCGGCAGAGCCGAUGUGAGGAGCAUACGCUUGACGCUGGACAAGGUCGACGCGCUCCAUCGGAGUCUGACCUGGUAUUUGUGCAUCCUUGUAGUUGAUAUCCUCACGCAUACUUUUAUGUACGUGAAUGGCUUCGACUUCUACCGUGGCUCGAUUGCGGUAUCUAUGGGCACUAUCCCUCCGCGACCACAAGCACUUAUUGCCACCAGUCGUUCGCCAAGUCACGAUAUGAGUUACUGGUAUCGCCCUCAGACCUCACAGAAAGAAUUACCAGUGGUGUUCCUCCACGGCAUCGGGGUCGGCCUGUAUCCAUACAUGCAGCUUCUAAAGGAGGUGAACAUGGGCCGCCGGGAUGAGGACGGGAACAUCGGGAUCCUUGCGGUCGAGAUCUUAUCUAUAUCUUCGCGAAUCACGACCCCGGUCCCCCGGAGGGAAGAACUAUGUCACCGGCUUCGAUCUAUUCUGCAUCAUCACGGGAUCGACAGAUUUGUCCUAGUAUCGCAUUCAUAUGGCUCGGUCAUCACCACGCACCUUCUCAAGACCCCUGAUCUGGCCUGUCGAAUAUCGUCAGUCAUCCUUGUGGAUCCUGUUUCCAUAUUAUUGCAUCAACCAGAUGUGGUGUACAAUUUUACAAUUCGGGCCCCAAAAUUUGCCAAUGAAUGGUUGCUGUGGUAUUUCGGCUCCAAGGACAUGGGCGUGGCUCACACCCUCUCGCGCACGUUCUUCUGGUCACAGAACAUACUGUGGAAGGAGGACCUCUUCGCACAUCGUGCAACAGUGUUCCUCUCCGAGAAAGAUUCGAUCGUGAACGCCCGACAAGUACGCAGGUACUUGGAAGAUAUAGAAGAGCACGAUACUGGCCAGGAUGCGGCAAAAGUACCCCAGGAAAGCUUGUCGGUUCCCUUUGAGCAGGGCAGCUUGGAAGUGGUGUGGUGCCCUGGUCUUGAUCAUGGACAGGUCUUUGACCUCGCUGCCUGGAGAGAGCGAUUGAAGCUUGAAAUCCUCAGGAAGGCACGGUAUGCAACAUAA